AAAAUAAAAUCCCAUAUUAAAUCGUUGGUGUGACGUGGCGCAGGGGGCGUGGCGUGUCAUUGUCAACAUCCUGGUGACGUAAGCGCCUCUGCAAAAUGGCGACGGUCGAUCACAGAGAAGAGGAGGGGGAGAGUGAGGACGAGGUGUACGAGGUGGUGGAUCUGACAGAGUAUGCGCGUAGACAUCAGUGGUGGAGCCGCGUGUUCGGGAGCAACUCAGGACCCAUCGCUGAGAAGUAUUCUGUCGCAACCCAGCUCAUGAUGGGAGGGGUCACUGGAUGGUGUGCUGGUUACCUGUUCCAGAGAGUGGGGAAGAUUGCUGCGACUGCUGUGGGCGGAGGAUUUCUAUUGUUACAGAUUGCCAAUCACACUGGUUACGUGCAGAUCGACUGGAAAAAGGUGGAAAAAGAUGUGAACAAAGCCAAAAAGCACCUUAAAAAACGAGCCAAUAAGGCAGCGCCUGAAAUCAGCACAUUCAUAGAGGAGGUAAAGGCAACAGACUUCAUCAAAAGAAACAUUGUCUUGUCCAGUGGUUUUGUCGGUGGAUUUUUCUUGGGGAUCGCGUCAUAAAAACUGUUUCUCCAUCUCCC